CUAUCUGAGUGAAGGAUUGUACAGGUGGACGUACUCGUCAUAGGUCAGAGAGGCCUUCGCGCUCUCGUACCGGGUCACCUGGAGGCGCAAUCAAUCAACCACCGACACACACGAAGACAUCACGGAGGUGUGGGCGGUGAUUGGGCGGACACACACCUGCAAAGUGCUCAUCAUGGCGCCGUCGAUCGGCCCCCUAUACCCAGCCUUGCGAAUCUGCACACAGCACCCCACACACAGCACCACACACGCAGCACACGUGUGAUGCCGAGCCGUUUCCACACACACACACAUCGAUCAUCGGGCAUGCGAGCAGACAGACGUACCAGCUCACGAAUGGCGACUUCCUUGCUCAUGUUGUGCUCUAGCGGCACCUCAGGCAAAUACGUCGCUGACAACCUGCCAAUCGAAAUCGAUACACACGGUAGGUAUGCAUCUUGGUCUCUCUCUCUCUGUGGGUCGGUGGGUGGGUGGGUGGGUGUGUGGGUGUGUGUGCCUACAGGGCUCCAUUGUGCGGGUCGGGGAAGCGAAUCAGCACACCAUGCACACCAAUCACCCAAUCAUCGGCGUCAACACACGACUGCUCACAUCGACAGACACACAGACACACACACACACAGAGAGAGAGAGAGAGAGAGAGAGAGACGCUGACGGACGAUGAGCUGAGACCCCGAUCGACCCCUCAUCCCCCACACAUACGCACCUGGAAGCGGCACAGCAGUGAUAUUUUGCAAAUGACGAGAGGGAGCUCGUCGUAGUGCAGCGGGGGGAACCUCUUGUCCUAUAGCCACACACACACACACACACACACGGUGUACACAAGCAUCUAACGAACGGAUCUCUCUCUCUUUCUCUCUCUCUUUCUCUUUCUCUCCUUGUCUGUCUGUCUAAGCGUACGCACCUCCCCUCACCUGCAUGCCGCUCUUGAUGGCGUACUCGCCCAUUUUUUCGAUCGGGAUGGGGUCCAAACACCCAAUACAGCCUUGAUUCACGUUUGAUUGAUGCACAUCACAUCACAUCACACAUUCAUCCACACACACACACACUGCUUACGAUUGCACAGUGUGCGUCUGGCUGGCUGGCUGGCUGGCUGUCUUUCUGCAGCAUCGGAUCGGACCCACCCCUCAAUUCGGUCGAUGCGCGAUCGAACGACAAGUGCUCGUGCCUGCACACACACACACACACACACAGAUGGGGUGCUCUGUGUGUAUUGAUGGUGGGUGAGUCGAUGCACGCGUAGCGCUAGGCGGGGCGGGUACCCUCUCCUUUUCUUGCACCAGGUCACGAACAGGGGACACUCAAUCCUGCUCACAUGGCAUGGCGUACACACACACACAGAUGGAUGGAUGGAUGGAUGGUGUGUGUCGUGUAGGUUAGGUGUACCUAGCGUCAACAAACCGUUGCAGGUCCAUUGGGAUGACCGGACCGUUGAGGGGCUCACCCUACACACACAGGCAAACAGACACACAAAGGCAUCCGUCUGUCCAUCUGCGUCUGUCUGUCCAUCUCAUCUGCGUUGCGUACCCAUCUGUCAGAUGAGAGCGCCAGGCUCGGCCGCAUGUCGUGGAUGACCACGUCAAAGCAGUACGCACACAUGUCCUGACUCGCGUCCAACUCGGCGCUCGACAGCCUGCACACCACACACCACACACACGAUCUCUCUCUCUGUUCGUUCGUGUGUUGUGUGGCCAAACAUAAUACCCAAGGAUGGGCGGCGAAGGUGCGCUGGCGGGCGUGAGAUGCGAGAGGGGUGGGGGGGGAGGGGUGGACGCGACUACACCACAGAACAGAACAGACCACCGCACGACAGAUACGUCACACACACAUGAGAGUGUUUGUUGCAGGGGAGGUUUGGUUUGCUCACUGGCUGCCCUUUGGCUGUUGGCAUUGCUGCUGGCGUUGUUGUCGUUGGUGGAGUUGUUGACCGUGACUGUCGUCGGCAUGCUCGUGCUGACAAUGCCGCCCUCAGCAGCAGGACACGAAUCACGGUCUACCAACCUGCCGCGAAGGUUACAUGACCGAGAACACGACAGAGAGCCAAUGGAAUGACACACACACGCGUUCUCUCCAUGCAGAACGACGCGCAACAGCGUCAGUGUGUCCGCACACCACAACGGACCUUCCUAUGUCCCUCUCUCUCUCUCUCUCUCUCUCUCUCCCUCCCUGCCUCUCUGCUGGUUUGGUUUGACUGACCUGACGUUCGAAGGUCGUCUUCUCGCCCGCGAGAAAGGGCCACAGAAGCAGCCCACCGACGGCUUGAUCGUGAGUAGAGCCAACUAACCCAGGAACCAACGUACUUACUGACGAGGGAGAGCUAACACAGGAGGGGUGAGAGGGGGGGCUGAACAGGUGGAAGCGCGAGAAACAACGAGGACGCCAAUCAGCUAGCUAUCCAUUCACCCACCGGCAGCCGCCACUCUCACGGCUGCUGGCUGGCUGACAAGGCGACAUUGGCGCUUUCUUCUUCUUUGUGCGAGCUCAGUUGCGAGCUUUGCAUUUGAAAAAGGAGGGAUUGUUCCAAUGCAAGAGGGGAUGAAAACCAUGAGAAUCGGACAGGAAUGGCUAUCUGGGGGCAUUGAUGUAUGACAUUGUGUGCUUAUGUGUGAUCGGCAAAAAAAAAAGAAACAAUUGGCUGACAUUACAAAUGCACGCCUGCCCCGACAGCGUCGAUGAGGCCCCCGGGCUCGGAUCGCUGGUGUGUGAGAAAGCAACAGAGCUGGCCAU